GUUUUUUUACUUUCUCAUAGUCUGAUAAGUGUUGAAACUAUUUUAAAUAAUAAUAUUUAAUAUUUUUCGGAUAAUUAUCUUUAGUAACGCUCAAUUAAAAUGUUUUCCAGAAUCCAGUCAAGUGGAAAAAUUAUUGAUUCAUCAAUUAUCUCCAUACAGACCGAAAUAAAGAAAAGUUUCAAUGAAAGAAAUUUUAAUAUGCUACCUUUCGAUUCAAGCAGCUAUGGACUGUUUAAUGGAAAUUUCGUUCCACCACCACCACGAAUGCCUAUCGAUGAAAUUAAAGACGUUAUUUCGGACGGUUUAACUACUUGUGACUUAUGCGAUUGGGCAUCAAUGAACAACGACAAAACAUUUUUCUCGCUGGAAGGUCAUAGAGUCAAUGUUCAUACAGAAUCUUCGAAGAAUGACAUAUCAUGGGUGGUUCUUCUCAUCAGUGUUUCUGUAUGUUCUGCAUUGUUUGGUGCUAUAGUCAUGAUACUGACGUUGAGACUGAAACGAAAUGCUUCUAUUGGUGCAUUUUUAUUUGAGAAACAAGGGAUAUCGUCAACAACAAACUUGGACACAACACACAACAGCAAGCUUGAACUGAAGAAGAUAGACGAAUCAUCUAAUGUAGAUUUAGCAUUUUUUAUGGAGCAAGAAGAGAAUUUAUAUGCAACUCUCGAUGAUCAUGAUCACGACUCAAUUUCUUCUGAAAAUAUCAACAAUUCAUUUAACAAAACAACGUACAUGCGAAACGAUGAGACUGAUAUGCCGUUAUUUUCAUCAGCACCAAGCAGUGCUUAUUAUUCCGAUUUAUCCAAUCAUAUUGAGAAACCUUAUGAAAAUAUUGAAUCAUUUAACUUGGAACGAACAGACAUCAUAACUAUUAAUCAUAACCGAUUAUCAGCCAUAAGCGAAAAUAAUUCGGGUUCACGUAACAACUGUAAUUCUGAAUAUGUUUAAUUUCUCGCAAUCAGGAACUAAAAUCAAUUGGAUGGGUUAGAAGCUCAUCAUAAAAAAAAAAUCACAACGAAUUGUUGCUGACUGCAAACUGCAUAAAAUCAAAACAGAGCAUCGAAAAAUCAAUACAAGAUUUACACAAUUUUAAAACUUUGAUUUAGAAUAGAAUUUUAUGUCAAUAGAAUUAGUUUGAAACAUUGAUUUAGUUUUCAUC